AACUUGUAGUCUGGAUCGGAUAAAAUAUGUCGUCAUUAUCGCUGAAGAUAAUUCUAGAAGAUGGUGCGGUGACGCGUACGAUGAAGUUCCCAAAUGGCUGCACCGUCGCAGACGCCGUGCAGAUUGUAGAGGAGAAGGUUCUCACCGGGGCUGCGGGGAAAGACUAUGGACUCUUCCUCACUUCAGCAGACGACGAACUCUCAGGAUGCUGGUUAGAAGACCCUCGCCGUUUAGACUACUACCUGCUGAAGGAUGGAGACAGCCUGCAGUACCGCUGCAGAGUGAGGACCCUCAAGAUUAGAAUGUUGGAUGGAUCAGUGAAGACGAUGCAAGUGGACGAGAGCAAAUCCGUGGAGACUCUCAUGAUGAACGUGUGCUCCAAAUUGGGGAUCACCAACCACGAGGAGUACGGGCUGUGCCGCGAAGAUGAACCGAUGGAGGAGCACCCAACCACGGGCACCCUGACCUUAAAAAGGAAACACCAGCAUAAAGAGAAGGACGCUGCUCUGCAGCAGCUCAGCAAGAAGCUUAAAACUGAUGACAAUGUGGAAUGGCUGGAACAACACAAAACCCUCCGAGAGAUGGCGGUCGCUCCCACGGAAACGCUCCUUCUAAAGAGACGGCUGUUCUACUCUGAUAGAAAGGUGGACGCGAGAGAUCCGGUCCAGUUGAACUUGCUAUACGUACAGGCAAGAGACGCGGUGCUGGAGGGGAGGCAUCCUGUUACGGAAGAGCAAGCGGUACAGUUCGCCGGCAUCCAGUGCCAAGUGCAAUAUGGGGACUUCCAGGAAGAUAAACAUAAGCCUGGUUUUAUUGAGAAUCUCAGCGAGUUCCUGCCCCAGAACUACGCCAACUCCUGGGGCAUGGAGAAGAAAGUCAUCAAAGAACAUAAAAAGCACUCCGGUCUCACGCAGUUGGAGGCAAAACAUCUCUAUACCAAGACUGCGAGAGACCUACCCACAUACGGAGUCACUUUCUUCCUUGUUAAGGAGAUGCAAAAAGGCAAGAAGAAGCUGGUGCCCCGGCUUCUCGGCAUCAACUCCUCGUCGAUCCUGAGGCUGGAUGAGACCACCAAGGAGGUGCUUCAGGUCUGGCCUCUCACCCAGGUCAAGACCUACAAAGCUGGGAAAGGCGAGAUGUUCACACUGAACUUUGGAGAUUACAGUGAAAAAGAAUACUGCGUAAAGACGAACGACGCGUACCGCAUCAGGGACAUUCUUCAGGGCUACAUCGACCUGAUCCGCAAGAGAAUGGAGGCGGCCUUCAACAACUCGGGAAAUGAAGGGGGCAUCAUAUAUCAGGCCACUGUGGAGAGCGGGAAAGGUUCCACGAUGGAGGUGGUUUCACAUUCAGCACAGAAGACAGUGGAGACUUCUUUUGUCGGACCCAGCAAAAUUAUUACGGCAGAACCAGGUUCAAAGGCACAAGCUAUCGGGGCGCAGAUCCUCACCGCACAUUCACUGAUCGUAAAAAACAAACAAACAAACGAGCAGACUGCAAAGCUUACCGGUGUAACGAUGCGGGGAGAGAUGUCAAUCGACACGGGGAGAAAACUGAACGACCUAAAUGCAAAUGCAGUCAAGAUUGUUACUCUUCUCAAUGAUCCAAAUCAGGCCAACAUUGAAGCCGCAAAGCGAAUAGUCGAAGACAUCGUCAGAGACUUUCCUACCGUAGUAGCUGGUGUGAAACACUGCAUAGACCAGCAAACCGACGAAGCUGCCAAAAAGAAACUCACGUUCGAGCUGAACGAACUGAGUGACAAUGUGAACCAACUGAACGGCUUUAUGAGCCCUCAGGAUGCUCAAGAGGCUGCAAUGAGAAUAGCAGAUCUCACCACCCAGAUGUACUUCGCUCUUGAUAGCACUGUGAAGAAACGAAGCCAAUUGGUCAGGAAUUCCCGACAGAGCUUCAUAGAAGACGAUAAGACACAAGCGACGCUACAGCGUGCCUCAUUUAUCAACUGCGUAGGCGCCGCGAACCACGCUAUAGAUGACGCAAGAGAUAUCUUAACCAAGAAAUAUGACGGGCCAGCACUAAGUCCUAAAGAAGUGGAAGACUUAGAGCGCUCAGCGCGCGACCGGCUGGCCAGACUCAACGCGGCCAUCGCCAGGCUAGCUGCUGCACAUGCUGAUCCGAAGAAUAUAGACUACGCAGCCGCUGUCAGCGCAAUGAACACUAUCAAAGAACUGGUACCGAAAUUAGCGAAAGACGCCCAGUUACUUGGCUCCGUGAAAGAUGGUAAGGACAGAAGUGGCCUGCUUAAAGAAAUGCAAGAAUUAUUGGAUGCUACCGCGAUGAUGGCUCAGAACGUUGGCUGUGAUGAUUUGCAGAAAAUGCAUGAUGUAGCCGACAAUUUCGCUAAAAAGUCCCGUAGAUUGCAAUUUAUUUUUGGAUAUGGAAAUUCACCUGACAAGGAAAAUGAGAUUAAAGACUUGUCCAAAGACAUAGACGACAAGACCCGCCUGCUGGUAGCCUCGUUGAACCAGCUCGCUGGCGAGGUCAACGACCCCAUGUCGGCGAAGGUCAUCAACGCUGCCCACAAAUGUGUCAAUGCUGUCGCCGCGUUAACGUCUUGUGCUGAGCUCACAGCUUCAUCAAUCUACGAGCCAUACUGCCGCAGCGCUUUAUUAGCAACACUCGAAGACCUAUCAUCAUCAGAGAAACUCCUUGAUGCUUCCUACAAAUCCUUACUUGAUCACCCAGAGGGCAGGAAGCGAGCAGAUGCUAUUAGGAAUCAGAAUGCAGAGCUUAGAAAGGCUUUGGAUAAACUUCGGAGUCAGUUGGAUGAAAACAAUCUCGAAAAUAAGAGGAAAGAUCUUCACGGAGCUGUUUCUCGCGCUCAGGAUAUUAUCAAACAGCCCAUAUCAUCAAAGGCUCUGUCACCAGCGGACGAGAAGCAACUCAAAGAAUCGCUGGCGAAGAAACUCGCAGAACUAAACGCCGCAGUUGCUGGCCUGAUAAACGCUACAUAUGCACGCGAUUCAUCGAACAUUGACCAUGGCGAGGCUGAGUUAUCUAUGGGCGUUAUAGAGCGCUUACUGCCAGAAGUUGUUCAAGACGUAAGAGCAUUGAACAGCGGUAAGAGCCCCGCAGAAACCCGUGCUUUAAUGAAUGAACUGAACGCUUUAUGCGUUGCUACCAAUGCGCUUGCUGAUGGACACAAUUGCAAGAACCCUGGGGUACUGAAAACGAUUGCAGAUCAGUAUGCUAAGUCUGCUUCCAGACUAGCUUUCGUAUGCACGCCUCCUAGUUCAGUGCAAAAGAAUCAGGAGCAAGUAGUACACAAGGCUCAAAACGUGCUGGACCGCUCUUCAAUGAUGGUGGAAGCGGUAGACAAGUUGGUGAAGAGCCAUCCGAACGACUUCCGGAAUAGAGCCGUGGAUGAGAAGGCUCAGCAAGUGGAAAGGGCGGCGUUUGCGUUGCUUGGUACCGCUCAGGUGACAGCUCCAACCCUUAACACAUCACAAUGCCGGACAGCGCUCCACCAAGCAGCCUCGGACCUGUCUCGAGCUAUAUCUGAACUAGACACAGCCACGCACGAAUUAGUGGGAGCAGAUCUUUUGGGACAGCAGAGGAAGAACUUUGAUGAGGCGGUGCGGGAGCUGAUGGCCGCUAUUAGUGGAUUAGAAGAAGAUUCGAAGCAGCUCAACAGAACCAUGUCUGCCGAGAAAGAGAAGAAUAGAUUGAAGUUCGUCGCCUCUCGCUUGGCCGCGAAAACCGCUCUCGAUGGUGCCGUGGAAGAAUUGAAGAAGACUGGAAAGGUCGCGCCUCUGGCUCCACCUCAAGCUGCACUGCUUCAAGCGAGGCUUGCUGACAAACUUGCCACUCUUAAUGCUGCUAUUGCUACCCUUCUCACCGCUACCAGAGAUCCUGAGAAUCCCGACUACGUGCUGGCAGAAUCAGCCACCGCUACUAUACAAGAGCUUGUGCCAGACUUGAUCAAAGAUGCGAAGACUUUGCCCGCUGGGAAAGACCAAGCGGCUCGCGCUAAUAUGCUUGAGCUGUUGCGAGAGCUAUGCGAGGCCACUAAAGCAAUAAGCAGCGGCGACAAUAGCGGAAAAGAUAAGGAACUACAAGAUGCUGUAGAGAAGUACACCAAAGCAUCGGGACAGCUCGUGUAUACCUUCAAUCCUCGUGCUAACGCCGCGAAGGAAGAUCAGAUCAUUGACCUAACCAAAUCCACAUGUCAAAAGACGUCAGAACUUCUAGAGCGGGUGUAUGAUCUAGCACAGAGUGUGGAAGGCGAGGCGGCUGCAGAUUUGGACGAUCAGGGCUCCAGGCUGGCUGAUGCUGCACAGAAUCUACUCACCACUGCUGAGAUAACCGCACCAUCCAUCUCCUCCCCCCUCUGCCAAUCUUCCCUUCUAACCUCCGUCUCCGCACUCUCGUCAUCAGUAGACCAUCUUUUCUCGUCCCCUUUGCUUACGCUACCCCAGCACGCUGCUAGGAGACAGCACCUGCAAAUGGCCAGGGCCAAGGUGGACCAGGAGAUCGAGCGGCUGAAGGAGGCGUUGAAAGAUGAAAGAGUAUUAGAUGCCGCAGCCAUUGAAAAAGCAAAAAAGGAAAAACUACGUUUCAUCGCGUCUAUGGCCUCGGCAGAGGUUGCCAUCCAAAAUGCAGAGAAAGAGAUCACAGAGCCAUACGGGAAGCCUUUGCCAGCGUCAGAAGCUGCUCCACUCCAGGAGUCUUUGUCAAAUAGACUAGCAACUCUAAACGCUGCUAUCAAUUCUCUUGUAGUUGCCACAAACGAUCACAACAAUCCAAAUUACCUAGAAGCUGAGACUGCUUCAAAAACCAUCCGAGAGUUGAUACCGGAUAUCGUUAAAGAUUCGAAGAGCCUGAGCAGCACCAUGGAUCAGCAGGCAAGGAAAGACUUGCUUGAACAGAUCAAGGCACUAUGCGAGGCAACACGCUUGCUGGGGGCUAGCGCCAAAUCUGAGCAAUUGAGUCCUGAGGAGCUCAACAAAGCCGCAACACAGUUCUCGCUGGCUUCAGGCAAACUCAACUUCGUGUUCAACCCCCACACAGACCAGAAAAAGACACACCAGAUAAUCGACACGUGCAAGUCAGCUUGCAUCAAAACAUCUGAGAUGCUCCAGAAAGUUCACGAGCUAGCAAAACAGGCUGGAGCAGAUGGCAUGGCUCUGGACACCAAGGGAUCGCAGGUUUCCGACGCGGCGCGCUCUCUACUCACCACUGCACAGCUGACAGCGCACUCUGUCAACUCCUCCCGCUGCCAAGCCGCACUUCUUGACUCCUCAGACCGUCUUACAUCCUCCAUCCAAGAUCUGCAGACCACCUGGACGCCCAUCAUCAAGGCUCCGAAGUUCAAGGCCAUUGGGGAAGAGCUGGCCAAGGAGAAACAGGCGGUUGAUUCAGAGAUUGUUACUCUGAGGAGACUGCUUAAUGAUGGAUCAGGCGUAAAGGGAAAUAAACCACUAGUUCCAGCUAGAACCGACUCUGAAAAGGCAGGCAAGAAGGCGUCCGAGGCCAGAGUGAUUGGUGCCACAAGGGAGUUCCUAGACAGGCUACGACUCGAGGGUAGUAUGGAGAAGGACAGCUGCGGUGAACUAGUAAAGUCUACAACCUCAGCAGCGCACCCUCAAACUGAUGAAGAGAAACGGGCCAAGCUACAGUUUGGCAAAAGUAUCGACGAUGCACGGAAGAGCAUUUGCUCCGCUGAACAGAUACUACAGUCGGCCUUCGUGUCUGAUGGAAAAGCCCGUGCAUCUCUCGACGACGCUCAGAUCCAGGCCCUUAACAAACAGAUGGAACACAAGGUGGCGCGGGCCAACGCUGCUGCCGCUCAUUUGCUGACCUGUCGAAGUGGAGACAAUCCGGAUUACAAAAUUGGGACAAAAUGUGUUACUGUAAUUUCUGACCUCAUGCCGACCAUUGCUGCAGAUGCCAUAAGGCUGGCAGACCAGAAGGAUCCAGUAGGAAGAAAGCUCUUCCUUGGCGAUGCGUUGGGUCUCUGCACCGCUUCGAAGAACCUUUGUGACACGGCCAAGACCGACAAAAAGAAACUGAAAGAAGUCGCCGUGGAUUUCGGUAACCACUCAUCUAAGUUGCUGUACGCCAUCAGCACCGACAUCGAUCCGAACCAGGAGAAAGAGAUUCUGUUACGAGUGAAAUCGGCUGGUGACGUGGCUUGUCGUGUCACAGAGAAUUCCGCAGAGGUGCCGACGGCGGGGCGCUGUGCGAGCCAGGCUACUCUCCUCAUGUACACCGCCAAGCUCGUAGCUCCCUCAAUCCAAGAUCCAGAAUGUCAAGACGCACUCAUCACCGCCUCCAAAGACCUAUCCACGCAGUUGAAGACCAUCCCCUCAUCCAUCCCUAAGCUGACCCAGGAGAUCAUGGAGCUGGAGAAGAUCCUGGAAGCCUUGAGGAGCGAUGUGGCCAGUGGGAAGCUGGUGAAGAGGAAGGAAGAGAAGCUGGUGAUUGAGGAUACUCCGCUCAGAAGGUUGACGGCACAGAUUAUUGAGGAUUGCAAGCAAAACGCCGAAUGCACUACCAACCCUGCAGCAGAGCGGAAAGCGAUGGCUGACUUCGCCAACAAGCUCUCUGACGCCCUCAAAAUUAUGGAUGUCGCGAAUGCUAGGUGCAAGAAGGAGCCUCAUGACCUAAGAAGACGUGAGGAGCUAGAAGACGCAGUGCUGAACUUGCAACAUCUGGUACUGCAAUGCCGACCGCGUGGCGGUGCGGUUAACGAGGCACAGAGCAAUAUCGUCAAUCUUUCGGACUUCCUAACCGACGUGUCCACGGACGCGUCGCGCCUGCAGCUCGCGGCCCGGGCCGCCGCGGGCAGCGCGGCGCCGCACGCGCGCGCCGCGGCCGCCGUGCGCGCGCAGUGCCAGCAGCUCUGCGACGCCGCGGCCAGAGCCACUCCGACGCAACACGACGCGCCCAUGGUCGAUGUUGACCACGCUGCUAAGGAAUGCGUCAGCAGAGUGCAAAAAAUCAACACAACGAUAGAGUGCUGCCCCGAAGGUCCCGGGAAAACAAACCUCCAGAAAGAAGCACGCCCGCUCAACGAGAGCUGCACAUUGCUACAAUACGCAUCACAAUCAGCGUUGGCAACAGCUCAAUGUGCGGCGCUAGAUGAAGCCCUCAACGACCUUACAGAUUUGGAGAACAGGAUAGACAAGAUGCUACAGCCUAGACAGGGAGAGAAGUAUACAGCACUGUCUGCCCCCUCAGCAUCCUUACUGUCAUCUCGCGCCCGCCUCGCAACAGCUGCCGCGGGCGUCAACCGUGACGCUCAAGAGCUGGCACCUGCAUUCACUCGCUAUGUGGCUGACAUGCGCGCGCAUGUUGAUGUCGCUGAUGAACAGAAGAGGAGGAGGUUGGCAGAUCAUCUCAAGAAACUCCAGGAUCGACUGAAACUCCUUACCUUGGAGACAGGGCGACAGGUAGUGACCUGGAGGCCAGCCAACGAGGGUGAGGUGGUCACCAUCACAGAAGAUAUCCUCAAGGAAUUGGAUAACGCAGAGGCAGUAAUCGGAAUGAAAACUGAUAAAAACAAUACCAUAGCUUACGAAGACUUGAAGAAACUCCUCUUGCCAGUAGAAACUUACAAGAUGGAAGGCGAUAAGAAGAAAAUAGAAGCAAAACUAGAACCCUACGCUACGAAACUCAACUCUAUGGCUGAGACUUUAACGCUCAGUAUUGGCAAAUCGGGAUCCCUCGCUCGUACUGCCCACGUUACCGCUGAAUCUGCAGUACAGUUAACAGCAUUAGCUAAGGCCUUGAAGAGUGAUGAGGACCCGACCAGGAACAGCAAAAUAGAUGAAACGUCUCAAGAGUUAUGCUUUGUGACUUAUAAUCUCCUUAAAACUGCGGAGAUGGCCAGCAAUGAACCUCACUCGUUCGAAUCAAGAAGAAGGAUGCAAGAUGCUUACCGGUCGCUUUGUGAUGCUAUCAACAAAUUGGUCCGGGCCUCGUCAAGCGGAGACAAGCUGCAACGCGAGUGCAACGAGAUGAAUAGAGCACUGCAACUGCGUCAAAGCACAAUACAAGCUAGGCCAACAUGCGCGUUGCCGUACACCGAGUGCGUGUCCGCCUUGCAGACGCAGCAUGAGGCUAUCAAGAACCUGAAGAGUGAGGAGCCGGUGUCCAGAGAGGAGUUCAGCACCUCCCUUGACUACCUGGCGUCGGCAGUUAACAACAACGUGGACUAUGCUGAACACUGCGCUUACUUGCUGUCAGUAUCGGAGCAGCAUCCGGAACUAUCAAAAGAUGGGAUGGUGGACGCCGACCGCAUUCAGAAGCUGAUCGCGACUGCGCAGGACUCCUGCUUCCGAACCACUAGACCGGGCAUCGUGCACCAGGCAAAGGAAGAGUCGUCUCUUCUCUCUAGACAGCUCUCCGACCUCAAACAAGCCAUACAGGAGAGUGCCUCCAAAGUCAGAGACGAAGGCGCCAAGAAACGUCUCCUGGAGGCUUGCAGUAAGGUGGAGGCGGCCGGGACGAAGUUAAACUCAGAGUUGAACAAAGCCGAUGUUUCAGUGGAAACAUUGACGCCAACAGCAUUUGCGACGAUCGAGGCUCUGUCCGAGCUGCGCCGUGCCACCGAGCAUCCUGCGCUCACUCCGGUGGCCACGCCCUCGCCGGCUGCGCAGAAACGGGCCGAUGAAGUCAUACAACAAUCAAAGGAGCUGCUAACCCGGGCAUCGGGGCUUAUGAGAGCGAUAAAGACAUCAGAGAACCAGCAAGCCAUGACGUGGGUGAUGUUCAACACGUACACCAAGGGAGUCAUCGAGAUCUCGGAGAAGCUGGUCACUUGCGUCAGGGAAAACGGACAACAAGCAGGCUUGAUAGAAGGAGCCAUCGAAGAAGAUGAAGGCGACAUGACAGCAAUGAGCUACGUUCAGACGCAAGUUCUCAUCGCGAACAAAUGGCUUCAAAAGCCAUCAUUCAAGGCUCAAAUCAAGACAGAUGGAGAACAGGCUGCGAGGAAUGUCAUCGAUAUUGGGAAGAAGGUGAUGAUCCUUUUCAAAGAAGUCGACAGAGAAGAGAUGAAACACCUUAUAGAGGAGUGUGAGCAACUUUUGCAGCAGUGCAGUGCCAAAUAUACUUUGGAGACGGGCAGUGUUUUAAUGGAUCGACUGAAGGACUUGGCAAAGACAGUGGACCGCAGCAUCGUGACCAUGGUGGUGGAAGACCUUAUUGAAGAUGAGGAGCCACUGGCUGACCUUGAUGUACUGGUUGAUGGCGAGAGAGAUGAAGCGAAACGCAAGUUCAUACUAGAGCGGAAGAUAGCUGAUCUCCUCGCACACCUGGGCCGUGUGACAAAGACGGCACGAGUUGUCGCCGAUGUACAGGGCGGUGAUGGUGCCGAGCUGCAUCAAUGCACCAACCAGACGGAAUUGUUGGCUCCGAUGUUGGUGAAAGCUGCUGAAAAGAGAGUCAUGCAUCCUACUGAGACGGCGGUUGUUGAGGAGUACAGAACGCAGCUGGCGCAGUAUUCGCAGUCACUGUCCAAGGUUCGAGACCUGUGCGACCGGGCCGUGGAUCCCAUGCAGUUUGUACAAACUGCAGAGGAAACAAUGCAGCGUAUGAAAGAAGAAUCAACCGCGCAUCAAAACGACCUACAAAAGUGCUCAAACACCUCUACGGCUAUCAGGAAGCUCGCCCACCGCGUGAUCAAUGUCAGCAUGUCGUCGCAGAACGCCCAGCGCGACCCGGAGCUCAUGCGAGCGCUGACAGCCGCGCAGCAGAAGCUUAAAGAGGCUGAGCCGGCGCGGACCUUGCGAGCUAGCAAGCUGCCUGACUGGAGGGACAACAUCGCUGAGAUUCUGCGUGCCACAGGGGAAGUGGAAUCGGUGCUCGGCGGAGAGAUGAUCUUCCAGAAACAGCGUGAAACUGAUCAGCCGAUAUACAACGCAGCCCUCAACCUACACGCGGCGGUCCGCGAGUGGUCCGCCCGGGACAACGAGAUUGUCGCCGUAGCCAAGCGGAUGGCCGUUCUCAUGGCCAAACUAUCGGACCAUAUGCAUGACGACAAGAAACGCGAGGUGAUAUCAACAUCGAAGGCGAUCGUCGCCGCUUCCCACGAAGUGGCGCGUUUGGCGCGAAAACUGGCGCUCGAGUGCACGGAUAUGAGAAUAAGAACGAAUCUGCUGCAAGUGUGUGACCAAAUCCCCACCAUCAGCGGCCAGCUGAAAAUGUUGACGACAGUCAAGGGAUCUUUCUUAGGACACCAAGGUUCUGAAGAAGACAUCGAGGCGAUGAACAUGCUAAUAGGAAAUGCUCAGAAUUUGAUGAUGAGUAUCCAAGACGUAGUAAAAGCGGCUGCGAGCGCAUCGGUCAAAAUCCGCUCACAGCGCGGCGGCCCGAAGAUGCGCUGGGUACGGAAAAACUACCACUGACGAAGGACCAAAGAUUUGUACGUAGAAAUAAGUUAUAAUGUGUACAAGUGCCAUUUGUAAUUUAAUUUAAUAAAGAUUUUAUAUUUUA